GGGGUGUGUGGUGGGGAGGGGAGAAGGGGGGUGAAGCGAGUUGAAUGAUUGAACUUUCUUGUUUAGUUUCUGCAGCGCUGAGGUGUGUCCCCCUCCCCGCCCCCCCGCCCCCCCCCCAGUGCAGUCUAGCCCCGGAUCGGUGCACGGGGGGCUUAUCCGGGCGUCUCUUGCUCUCCGCGGCACCCCUUCCUCUCCUCAGCCACCCACCCACCGCACAGCGAUGGUGCGACGGGACCCCGCCGUGUCUCUGACCCUUUUCCUUUGGAUUACGGCUUCCUGGGGCUGCCUGGCCGCCGCGGCUGCCCGCAAGCAGGACGAGUCUUUCUCCACGCUCAGUGUCUCCAGAGCCAGAUGCACCUCCAGGUGCCUGAGCCUGCAGAUCACUCGCAUGUCUGCCUUCUUCAAGCAUUUCCAGAACAAUGGUUCCCUUGUUUGGUGCCAGAAUCACAAACAGUGUUCAAAGUGCCUGGAGCCCUGCAAAGAAUCUUGGGACUUGAAGAAAAACCAUUGCCAAAGUUUCUGUGAGCCUCUUUUCCCCAAGAAGAACUAUGAAUGCCUAACUAGCUGUGAAUUCCUCAAAUACAUCCUGUCAGUGAAGCAAGGAGACUGCCCAGCACCUGAGAAGGCCAGCGGUUUUGCGGCCGCCUGCGUUGAAAGCUGUGAGGCUGACAGUGAAUGUUCUGGGCUGAAGAAAUGUUGCUCCAAUGGAUGUGGACAUACGUGUCAAGUACCAAAAAAUCUGUACAAAGGUGUUCCAUUGAAACCCAGGAAAGAAUUAAGAUUCACAGAACUUCAGUCUGGACAACUGGAGGUUAAGUGGUCUUCAAAAUUCAAUAUUUCAAUUGAGCCUGUGAUCUAUGUGGUGCAGAGGAGAUGGAAUUAUGGAAUCCAUCCCAGUGAGGAUGAUGCUACCAGCUGGCAAAUGAUGGCACAGACUACAGAGGAGAGAGUACAACUGUCUGACAUAAGACCCAGCAGGUGGUACCAGUUCCGAGUGGCGGCCGUUAAUGUGCAUGGGACAAGAGGCUUCACAGCACCCAGCAAGCACUUCCGCUCCUCUAAAGACCCAUCUGCUCCACCAGCCCCAGCUAAUCUCAGAAUUGCCAACUCCACUACAAAUAGUGAUGGAAGUGUAACCGUGAGGAUUGUUUGGGAUCUCCCAGAAGAACCUGAUAUCCCAGUGCAUCACUACAAAGUCUUCUGGAUCUGGACGGUCAGCAGCAAGUCUGUCAUCCCAGCUAAGAAGAAAAGAAGAAAGACUACUGAUGGGUCCCAAAAUUAUGUGGUCCUGGAGGGACUGCAACCCAACAGCAACUACAUGGUGGAACUGCAGGCAGUAACAUACUGGGGACAAGUACGACUAAAAAGCGCCAAGGUGCCUCUCUAUUUCAGCUCAACUCAAACAACUAUUCAUAAAGAGCAGACCUCUCCAAUUGGGAAAACCCGGAAGGAACUAGCUGAUCCUCUUCCACCCUUUCAAAGAAGAAGACCGGCUCAUCGUCUUGAAAUUGGAGCUCCUUUCUAUCAAGACAAUCACCUUCAGAUCAAAGUCUACUGGAAGAAGACAGAAGACACUAGUAUGAGUCGAUAUCACGUCCAGUGGUUCCCAGAAUCCUGUAUGCACAAUGAAACUAAAGGGCCUGAAAAAUCAACUGGCCUUACCUAUGAAAACUACAUAAUUCUUCAGGAUCUGUCAUUUUCAUGUAAAUAUAAAGUGACCAUUCAGCCAGCAAGAUCUAAAGGUCGUUUGAAGGCUGAAAGUAUUUUCUUUACCACCCCACCUUGCUCUGCUCUUAAAGGAAAAAACCACAAGCACAUUAGUUGUCCUGCUGAAGGAGCAUCAGUUCUCCCUAAAGUGCUGGCCAAACCCGAGAAUCUAUCUGCCUCUUUCAUUGUUCAGGAAGUAAAUAUUACUGGUCAUUUUUCAUGGAAGAUAUCAAAGGCAAAUCUUCAUCAGCCCAUGACAGGGUUUCAAGUCACCUGGGCAGAGGUUACUACAGAGAGCAGACAAAACAGCUUACCCAACAGCAUCAUUUCCCAAUCACAGAUACUGCCAGCAGAUCAUUAUGUGCUGACUGUCCCCAAUCUGAGGCCAUCAACGCUUUACCGAUUAGAAGUGCAAGUGCUGACGACAGGCGGGGAGGGGCCAGCUACAAUAAAAUCUUUCCAAACACCUGAUCUGCUUCCAUCUUCACCCCACAGGCCUCAUCUGAAACAGCACCAUCCACAUCACUACAAGCCACCCCCAGAAAAAUACUAGACUGCUUCACAUGAUUAAACAAAUCACUGAGAGAAAAACUGAGCUCCCACAAGAAGACCAGAAAAAUGCACAUCUGUAGGAACAAUAAAUCAUUUUUUUCCAGUGGAAGUUAUCAUCCUGUAUGAUUUGUAGCUACUUCUACAUAGUUUAAGCAUGAAGAAUAGUAUUUGUCCCAAUGCCAGGAUGAAAUGUACAGCAACUAUCCUGACAGUACCACCCCUAUUCUGCUAAGUGAAGAUUGCAUCCAAUUCAACACAUCUGAGAAAAAUCAAAUGUAUGUUUGUUGUAAUAACAUUUUAUUUCCUAGGUUUAAAGUAGAUUGAAAGGGUGCAGUGAAUAUCAGAGGGUUUUGUUUUGCUAAUCUUUAUAACAAUAUCUGAGACAUUGUUCUUUUAUGUCUACAUAGCUUUGAAAGCCAGAGGCCAGAUCUUCAGCUGGGGUAAAUUAGCAUCUGUCACUUGAACUCAGUGGAGCUGAGCCAAUUUACAUCAGCUAAGCCUAUUUAGUAAAUGCAGUUUGCCAUUAAAGGAGAUCUCCAUUUACCUAAAAUAAGUGCACAACCAAAUAAGUAGCAAUAAUAGAUACACGCAGUUCAGUCUGCAAUGGAAACUACUAUUAAUUUAGCAACAAAAAAAAGUAGAUCAUACUAGCUGAUGUAUUUCUUUAGUAAUAUAUCUAUAAUUUGUGUGGAAAUGGUACCAUGAAGCUCUCUCCUUAACAAAAUGUGUUAACAAGGGAGAUUUUCAAAGGCACAAAUGGCAGUUGGUGCCUAACUUCCAUUGAUGUUCUGUAGUAGCUGGACACAUGCCUUUGAAAAUCUCCCCCAUUUUUUUUUAAUAUUUUGCUGGGAACCCUGUAUUUUCCCUGUUAGAGAACUAAAUAGUGAAUGUUCACAUUUUAGACAUGAACAUUCCAAGGCACAUGUUAUGUUACUUUGGGGUUUCUUUGGCUUUUUGAUGUGCAUAUCUAUUUUCCCCGAGGAUCUUUUGAACAGCAGAAUGGAUGUGCUGGCUACAUGGUACUCCACUCAUAGACUUAAGUGACAAUACAUUGAUGUCUGGAAGUCAUUGGCUUGUAAUUUAUUUGAAUGCAUUUUUCAAAUUCAGGCACGAAAGUAACCCUGUUUUUUAACUAUAAGGGAAUGCAGAUGACCUUAUUGUGCAAUGUAAACAGACAGAGUAAUUUGCCACACAGAGAGACAGUCUUUAAUAGUAAAGAGAAACUGCUUGGAUUUAUAAUCAGAAUGAUGGGAAAUUUCUCUCUACACACUGUGGCCAUACAAAUAAUCCUGAUGACGCAACCUCUUGUCCAAAAAAUUGCUGUCUGUGCAUUCUCAUGUGCAAAUUCCAUUACCCAUCUUUAAAUGAGGAUAAUACAUCUCAAACUUUCUGUAACUUGAAAUUCACAAAUAACUUCAUGGAAUCCCCCAACAACAAGCACCACAAAAACUAUCCCAAAUCUGACUAAAGAUAAAGUUUCUGUACUUGACUUCUUCCUGAGAUACCCCAAGAAGGGGAAAUGCUCCUUGUCACAACAACAAUAAAUAUUCUGAAGAACACCAAAUAAAAAGAUAAACAUAUCUGUGCUUGAAACUGAAAGAGCAUGGUUAUGCUCAAUAUAGCAUAGCACAGAAGAAAUUCAAAUACAGUUUAUCUGUAUUGAAAAUGUUUGACCAGGCUGAUGAUACCAAGAGUCAAGAGCCCCAUUGCAAUUUCUGACUAGUUUGUUCAUUCAGUUUUUCCAGCAUUUGAAUAUAUUUUUUUAAAAAAAAGACAAUUCAGAUUAUUGCAUUAAUUCUGCCAUUCUCUUUCUAUUUUUCCUGGUACCUUUUUGAUAUAUGCACCCAUGGAGCAAGUAACUUCACAAAGCUCUCUUUAGGGUACAAGUCUUGGGCCUUGGAUAGUUACUUUACAAGGUAUUAAGAGCUGUUCAUACUUUGGAACUACAAAAAAACUCUCUUCUCAGUAAUGCUGGAAUAAAUCUAGAAUAAACUGAUAGAUGUUAAUGAAGUUAUGUUGAAUUCACAUCGAUGCAACUGAGUGCAGAAUUUGUGUCUCUGUCUUUUUGAAAUCCAACGUCGAUGACAAACCUUGGAUUCAAGAAGAUAGAAAUUGGCUAAUUAACAGCUCUUGAUUAUUAUAUGAUAGGUCUUGAUUAUUGAGCGAAAUGUCAUAUUCCUCAAAAUGGUUUGAGCUCCUUGCUAGAUUUGUUAAUUUUUCUUAAUUGGAUGUUUCAGGAGGAGACUAAAGUUCAUUAAAAUAUUUAUAAAAUAAUCUGGAGGUUUUUAUAUAUUUAUAUAAAGAUAAAUUAUUUAUUAUGGGACCAAUCAGCCUAACUCAGGCAAAACUGUCUUUGAAGAACUGCUAUUGAAUUUUGCCUGAGUAAGGCCAGCAGGAUUUGACUCUUUAUAUCUUGGAGAUAAAAGUGAAGGGCAUGGGAGUGGAAUGAACAGAUUAUGGUUUAUAAACAGAUUAAGACUUUAAUCUUGCUCUUUAAUAACCAGUUCCUCAACUCAACAUUCAGCUAUAGAAAUUUCAUGGGAAUAAAUGAUCCUGAAAUUAUAAGAGUCAACCAAACCAUCAACGAAUGGGGCAUUAUAUUAUAUCUUUUUUGUUCUUAAAUACCAGCCAUUUUCAUAUAAUUAUUUGAAUUUAACAUCAUAUAUUUGAAGACUUUUAUGCCUAGAUCCAGUUGGAGUUAGGCACCUCAAUACCUUGAGGAUGUGGGUCUAAGUGUCUAAUUCAUAAAUCCUCAUUUACUGAAUUGUACAGGGUAUAUUACAGUUCACCUAUUUGACUAGCCUAAAUCAUGCUAACAUUGCAUUCAGCAAUGAAGUUUGAAAUCACUACUUGAGAUUUUUAGUUAAAGAUUUUUUUUCUCAGUUUUUCUCAGUUUCUCAGUAAUAAAGAUCAAAUAUGGAUAGUGGGAUAUUUCUAGGUAUGCUGCACUUUUACACCCAUAUAUUACUAACUUACUUAGCAUACUAUUCUGAUUGAUUUAUCAGUUAAAUCCUGGAUGUCAUAUAUUUUGUUUGCUAAUGGAAAAUUAUAGGAUUAUUCCAUUUUUGCUCUAACAUUUUUUUAUGCAUUUGAAACUAUUUUUUACAUUGAAUAGUGUUUAAGAAUGAGAAUUUUUUUUCUUAUGGCAGUUAACUUUUGAACUUUUUAUAGAGCAGAUCAAGAACUAGAAAAUAUUUCUGUCUUAAAGCUUAAAAGGAGAAAGGUUGUACCAUACUAAUAGGGUGCCAGGUGGUGUUCACUGGGAAUAUGGCUGAAGGAGACAAGAACUUCUUACAAAUAAAAGGUCUGACCUGCAAGAUACUAAACACCCUCAACUUUCAUAGCAUUCAUCUGGAGCUGAGGGCAUAAUGCAGCAACUCACAGGUGGCACUAGUUCCUUGCAAGAUCACGCACAAAAUCAAAGAAACACUGGUCUGUUCUUGCACCAUUAAUGCAAAUGGAAAUUUUACUAUUGCCUUCAGUGGAAGCAGGAUUGAGGCUGAACUACUCCAUGGGCCUAAUCUGAAUUCCUUUCUUACCCAAGACUCUCACUGAAAUCAAUCAGAGUUCUGGAUAUAGAGGUCCUGCUUCAGGAAAGCAUUGCCAUUCAGGACAGAAAUUAAGCACAUGCUUAACUCAUUGAUGUUAAUAGGACAUAAGGACAUGUUUAAAUUAAACGUGCUUAAUUUCUGUCUUGAAUAGGAAUGGAUUUAAGCACUCCCUUAAGUGCUAUCCUAAAUCAGCGCCUUAAAGAAAAUAGGAUAAGGCCCAGACUGUUUUAAAUCCCUUGUACAACACUCUUAGAAAUUUUUUUUUUUGCCUUAUGUAUCUGUAAAGGUAGCUGUGAUAGUGACUUAUUUAUUAAUUCCUUUUCUUUCUCUGUAUGCCAAGUAUAUUCUGACAUUUUUAUCAGUACCUGUGAACAUCAAUUUCUAUAAAUACUGUUAUGCAAACUUGUGCAUUGUAACCUGGAAUCUGAUGCUAAUAAGCUGUUGCAUGUAGUUUAAAUAAAUAAAUAAAAACUUUAUUUAAAAAUGUAAAUGAAUACCUGCAGAUGUGGAUCGUGGUUAUAUAUGGUUUUGCAUGCCCAAACUCAUUGUUCAGUUAUAGGCAUGAAGUGUAAUGACUGUCUUACCUCUACUGAAUAUAUUAGUAAGGUACAAUUUACAAAGUAAUUAACGGAGGUCUAUAUGUGAAAUAAUUUUUCCUUUUUACUUAAUUAUAUUGUAAUGCAGAGAUGACAGAACUACUUAUCUGUUGCCCAAAUUGGCUGUAGAAAUUAUGUUCCUAUAACUGUCAUUUAAAGUCAAUAUUUAUUUAUGUAUGUAAUACAGAAGGUUGAUUUUUGUGUAUGUG